UCAUCUUACUCAAUAUACAGUUUAUGAAUAGCGAGGGACGUUGCCAGGAAUAAGGAAGGAGCCUCGAGAUAGUCGUUGCCGAUUCAGCACGCCGCCCCCACCUGUUCGGAGGCAAGUAAGCAGAUGACGCAGCUCGCGGAACACCCACCCUCCGUCACACGAGAACCCAACAUACAUCACAUACUCCACCCACGAUGUCUCUCACAAACCUCGACCUCGUAAACCAAUGCGAUGGUUUCCCGUAUCCCGAUGUGAACUCGGAGACAUAUCUGGCAUCGAUAAACACUUACUACCAGCUGCGCGUCUCAGGCUACAAUUAUGCAUUGGGUUACAUGCUCCCGUCUGUUGUCGAGGUGUUCCGUGGGGUACCCAGCUGGGAAAUUGACGAUGACGCUCGCAUCCUCUACCUCGUCGGCGGUUCUACUGCGGAUGAGCGAUCGCAAGCGGUAGAAACGACGCUGCUGGCUAUGCGACAGACGGGUCACUUCAAGGUACUGGACAAGUGGCGAGGAGAACUGUACGCCGUGUAUGGUAUUGGCAAAGAACUACUAUUCAACGUGGAGAGGAGCGCCAGUUGCCUAUUUGGCGUAGUCACGUAUGGGGUGCAUCUCACAGCGUUCACAAGAAAGGAGGGGGAAUUGAAAAUUUGGACACCGAGACGGGCGCGUACCAAGCAGACAUACGGUGGUAUGCUAGACAAUGCGGUAGCGGGCGGCAUUGCAUCGGGUGAGUCGCCAUUUGAAAGUCUUGUGAGGGAGUGUGGAGAAGAAGCCUCGCUUGGGGAAGAGUUGGUUCGGUCAAAGGCAAAAGCGAGUGGCACAGUCACAUACUGGUACAUUCGAGACGAGAGAGCAGGAGGGGAGACGAACUUGAUGCAGCCAGAGGUUCAAUACGUUUAUGAUCUCGAACUUCCCGAAGACACGAUACCAAAGCCUGGCGACGACGAAGUUGAGGAGUUCUACCUGUGGGGUGUGGAGGAAGUGCAAGAAGCUAUGAGGAGGGGCGAGUUCAAGCCCAACUGCGCGCUGGUCGUGCUAGACUUCCUAGUUCGCCACGGCAUUCUCACUACGGAGAACGAAAGAGACUACAUUGAAAUUGUGAGUCGGCUGCACAGAAAGCUCGAGUUUCCUACGCUGUAAGGACGUAGACAAGGUGGUAUUGUCUCGCAAGGGGUGCGAGUGGGGCCAACGAGUCGAUUGGGGGUAUCCAGACGCCAUACCGAAAUUUUAAGCCAGAUGAUACCAAAACCACUACACAUGCUGCCAUGACGCCUGUUGUAUGCUUACUUUUGUUAUGCUCUGGAGAGGACGAAGGUGCUAUGCAUUACGAGUGCUUGAUGAGCAUGUAGAUGUCGUCGAUCUUAAGGCCGCUGAGCUUCCUGUGCGGGCCCUCCAUGUAUAGCAGCAGGCCGCCGAAACUGGCAAAGUACU